AGCGACUAUAUAACCGCAGGAAGCGGGCUGCAGUCCAUCAUUGCCUCCGACACGUCCAGAGCCGAGAGGAGGGUAGGAAAGAGACCUCCGAAUCGUAGCCCCCUCGGGCCAAACCCGGGACUGUUCUGGAGGGAGGAGAGAGAAAUAAUUGAUGGGGUGGUUCUCAAAGUAAGAGGGCAAAGAGUUGGCAACUUCGCCUCGCCGACGCCUUUCCCGCAUCUCCAGAGAACUUUGCCCCUCCAGCGUGCGUCCCCUCCAGCCUGCCAGUGCGGCCGGCAGCGCGCAAGAAAGGGAGAGGGGCAGGUCGCGGGUAUGAAUGGGGGCAGAUCCAUACGAGGCGAGUUGGUCGGCGGUCGCAAGGCGCGUGCAUGAAAAGAGCAGCUUCGGGGGAGAGACACAGCCGCGGGAACCUCGGAAGCUGCCUUCUGCAGUCAGAGCAUCCGUCCCAUGCAGCUGAAUGUUUGUCUGCGCCGAGAAGCGGCUCGACGCCUCUCCGUGGAUAGUCACGGCCCUACUUGGGCACGCUGGGGAUUGAACUCGACACCUUCUGCAUCAGGCAGGAGCAGGGCAGAUGGUCGGUCCUUCCCGUGCGUGAGCGCGCCCUGAACUGAACUGGAAGUGUGGCCAUAGCAGUUGCGGCGUGGAGAGGCUCCCUCGACGAGACCACAAUCCUCCUCCUCUCCAAGUUUCCCGCGGUCACUCUCAGCUGCUCUCCCCGCUGCUCAGCCUCGCUUGCACGACUCUAAGCCGGGAGAUCUCGUCGGGCGCUGCGGCUUCUGGGCGAUCCGUCCGCGGCUCAUAAGAAAAGGGCGAGACAGGAUCCGGUGGAACGGAGCGCUCAGACGAAACCAGCCGGGAAGAUUUCCCCGAGUCCUCCGCCCUUGCCUUGAGUCUUUGCCAAACCCCGGAGUUGUGGAUCGGCCGGCAAGAGUCUUUCCAAAGAAGCCACCUGGCUGCCUGCGAGUCACCAGGAUUUACCACGAGGCGAGAAGGAGGAGGAGUCCAGGCCAUGCGCCUCUCCCCGCCGCGAGCAACUUCUCCGCAAAACUUCUGCAAGGCGGCGCGCAACGCUCUCCUCCGGCCGUAGCGUUAGCUGCGCCGCUUUCCAAAGAAGCCAUGCAGCGUUGCUGGGCGCUGCCUUCGCGCCCGGCUUUGGCAGGAGCCUGGGAAGCGUUGCCCUCGAUCCCCGUGCGAUGAGCUUCGUCCGCUCAAGCUGGGGGUCGCCCUCGAUUGCCCUGCACGACCACCUCCCCCCGCCCGGAAAUCGGAGGUGGUGGGCGCCCCCCACCUCAACCCCCGAUAAGCGAGGAUGGAAGAGGAAGGGUGGCUGCCGCAGAAGAAUCAGUCUGCCCGGCUGGAAAGAGAAGAGGCGGGUCCCUAUCCCGUUUGGGUGGCGGCGCUCCUCGCUGUCGUCCUCAUUGUCACCAUCGCCGUGGACAUUCUGGGCAACCUGCUGGUGAUCCUAUCCGUGUACAAGAACAAGAGGCUGAGGAAAGCAGGGAAUGCCUUUGUGGUCAGCCUGGCUUUUGCAGACUUGCUGGUGGCUCUGUACCCCUACCCGCUGGCCCUGAUCGCCAUUUUCCACGACGAGUGGGUCAUGGGCUACCUCCACUGCCAGGUCAGCGGGUUCCUGAUGGGGAUGAGCGUCAUUGGCUCCAUCUUCAACAUCACCGGCAUCGCCCUGAACCGCUACUGCUAUAUUUGCCACAGCCUGAAGUACGACAAGGUCUUCUCCCUCGGCAACACACUGGGCUACGUGGGGGGCGUUUGGGCCCUCACCUUGCUGGCCAUCAUGCCAAACCUCUUUGUCGACUCCCUCAGGUACGACCCGCGGGUGUACUCUUGCACAUUUGCCCAGUCCGUCAGCUCCCUUUACACCAUUGCAGUGGUGGUGGUCCAUUUCUUCUUGCCCAUUGCCAUCGUCAGCUUCUGCUACCUGAGGAUCUGGGCCUUGGUGCUCCAGGUGCGGCGGCGAGUCAAGCCCGAUGUCCGGCCCAAAAUGAAGCCACACGACUUCCGGAACUUCCUCACCAUGUUUAUGGUCUUUGUGCUUUUCGCCAUCUGUUGGGCACCACUGAACUUUAUUGGUUUUGUCGUGGCUCUGAAGCCAGCGCUGGAGCCUUCCAUCCCUAAAUGGCUCUUCACGGGCAGUUACUUCAUGGCAUACUUUAACAGCUGCUUAAACGCCGUGAUUUAUGGAGCCCUGAAUCAUAAUUUCCGAAAGGAGUACAAGAAAAUCAUACUAACCCUUUGCCAGCUGGUUUGCAGAACUGACUGAAAGAAAUCCACCAAAGCUCAAAUGGGUUGGAGAGGUUGGGUCUCGGAUAGCAAAGUAAUCUGCAAAAGAGUUGUUUGUUACUUGCCUGCAACAGGAUACUCGAUGGUGGCUCACCGUGGCUUGUUCAAUGAGGUUUGAGAGUAGCACUUGAGAGCUGUGUUGGCAUAGCAAACAUCAGUUUCCUUAGAUCCUUCUCCCACCCACAACCUGCCCUGUUUUUCUUAUCAGUAAAAUCACCGUGGUGGCUGAUAA